AUGGGAUUACCUUUGGACUUAGCCUUACGCGAACUUUACUUUAACGUCAACGGCGGAUACAUAUCGAUGGAAAAAUUAUAUCGGGAUGCGAUUGAAGAAGGCGUCGAAGGCGUGACGCGAAAAAAUGUAAAAGAAUGGUUACAGACCCAACAGACCUACAUCGUCCAUAAACCGAUCCGAAAACAUUUUAAAACUCAACGGACGGACGUCGACGGACUUGCCCAACAGAUUCAAAUGGAUUUAGUGGACAUGCAGGCUUAUAGUCAUGCAAAUAAGGGAAACAAAUGGAUUUUAACCGUGAUCGAAAUUUUAAGUCGAUAUGCGUUUGCCGUACCCGCCUAUCGAAAAGGUGCAAAAGAUAUGGUACCGGCCGUCAAACAAGUUUUAAAACAAUUUCACGAAAGAUUCGGACGAUAACCAAAAGUAGCACAGUUUGAUAACGGGAAAGAAUUUUAUAAUAACGGUGUCAAGGCGGUAUUGGACGACCACAACAUCCAUCACUUUUCGACAAGACUUACCGGUAAAAAAGCGGCGAUCGUCGAAAGAUUUAACAGAACGUUAAAAACAAGAAUGUGGAAAUAUUUUACGGAACGUGGAUUUACAGAGAAAAAGAAGAAAUGGAUAGACGUCUUACCGGACUUUGUGAAUUCCUACAAUCAUUCCAAACAUCGUACGAUCGGUAUGAAACCUGCCGACGUCAACGAACACAAUAAAGAUGAAGUCUGGACAAAAAUUUACGGCUAUCCGCUAAGUCAUUUUCCCAAACCUAAAUUUAAAGUGGGAGAUAAAGUCCAUGCGAUCCCUAAACAAGGAACGUUCGAUAAAGGAUACACCCAGAAUUUCAAAGACGAAGUUUACGAAGUGACGGAAGUGUUUCGCGGCGAUCCAAACAUGUACAAACUUAUAAAUCCCGACGACGACGACGAUAAAGAUGCUUUAGGAAGAUAUUACGAACACGAAUUAUCGCUGGACCUUUCGUAG